CGACGAUCAAUGUUCUGUAUAUAACAAUAGUUUCACUGGGACAUAUUAUACAACACCACCAAGUAAUUCAUCUAAACUACAGUGUUCUUAUGGACGGAAAUUUCUGACGGAGGAGUUUUCUACAAUUGAAAGCGAGAUUUCAUAAGAAAUUUGAAACCACUGUCACCGAGGCAGCAAGCGUAUAUUUAAUAAUUAUAAUAAAUCUAGAAGACAGGUAGAAGCAGAGAAACGAAUUACUAACACAGUCUGAUAGAUGAAUAGAGAACGUUCAGAUAGUUGGUUUUUACUCAGGAACUGAACAGUAAUCUUUCAGGUAGAAAAAUAUUACAAAUUUGAAGAGAAAUUUAAAGUAUCUGUUUUUACAAUGGCGGAAAAUGAAGAAUUUCAGCUGGAAUCAGAAAAACAAAUGACUACAGAUAUGUCUGAUAAAGAUAUUACACAUAUUUUAGAAAAAUGUGGAACGUUUGGACCUUAUCAGCGCUGGUUCUACGCUUAUAUUACAAUAAUAUGCAUGCUAUGCACAACGCCGGGUAUGAACUUUACAUUCAUCACUGCAAGCGUUCCUUUCUUAUGUUACCCACCAAACUUUAAUGCUUCGUUGAUUCCUGCAAACCUUACAGAGAAUGAAUAUUUACAAAUGCUUCAACCAGACGGCGACGAUCAAUGUUCUGUAUAUAACAAUAGUUUCACUGGGACAUAUUAUACAACGCCAUCAAGCAAUUCGUCUGAACUACAGUGUUCUUAUGGACGGAAAUUUCUGACGGAGAAGUUUUCUUCGGUUGUAAGCGAGUUUGACUUAGUAUGCGAAAGAAAAUGGUUGAAAUCCACUUUGCAGUCAAUGUAUUUUGCUGGUUACCUUAUUGGAUCAAUUGUAUUCGGAGUUUUAUCUGACAGAUUUGGUCGGAAACCCAUUUUCCUCUUAACAAAUACUGUACUGGUCGUCUGUGGAAUUACCAAAAUCUUCGUACCUUCAUUAAUCGGUUAUAUUAUUGUCUAUUGUAUUCAAGGUGCUGGUUAUAUAGGUACCAUAAUUAGUACAUAUGCCCUGACUCUGGAAUUUACAUCCUUGAAACUACGUACACCAAUUAACUGUUGGUAUUUUAGCGGCGUCCAAUUAGGGGGUCUAUUUUUACCAGUGUAUGCCUAUGCCAUCCCUGACUGGCAUUACUUAGAAUUGGCUUUGUGUCUUCUACCUGUAAUCAAUUUUUUCAUCUCCAUAUUUCUUCCCGAAUCUCCACGGUGGCUUAUUGGGAAAAAACGGUUUCCAGAAGCCAAAGCACUUCUUGAAAAAGUGAUGAAGAAGAAUAAUCAGCCCAAUGAAGAAGUUUUAGAUAUUUUUACAAAUAUGGAAGAAAAUAGGAUCAAGAACAGUCUUCGAGGAAAUACACGAGGAGUAGUUUUACCUAAAAAAAGGAAUCAUACUUUUAUUGAUCUGUUUAAAACAUCAUGGCUUGCAUUAAUCACACUUAAUAUUUGUUUUACUUGGAUGGUCUGCAGUAUGUUAUACUAUGGAGUAACUCUUAAUAGUCUUGAUAUGGCAGGAAACCGCUACAUAAACGUUUUUAUAAUAAUGGCUAUAGAGUUUCCCAGCUUUUAUUGCACUUAUUAUCUAUUUACACGUUUCGACCAUCGAAAGCCUAUUACUUUCUUUUUGGUGUUUAGUGGAUUAAAUUGCAUCGCAUCGAAUUUUGUAACCAAAGGUUCAUUCUGGUUUCCGGUGAUCCUGGUUGUUCUGGGAAAGUUUGGAAUCUCUGGAGCGUUCACUUCAAUUUUUCUUUUAUCAGCAGAAAUAUUUCCAACCGUUGUUCGAACAAAUGGGUUAGGAAUAGCUUCACUGUCUUCCCGCAUCGGUGGCAUAAGUGCACCCUUUUUACUGCAACUCUCGUACUAUGUGAAAUGGCUUCCUCUAAGUAUCUUUGGCCUUUUGUCGGUGAUAGCUGGAUUAUUGUUGCUGUUACUUCCAGACACAAAACAUAGAAACUUACCUGAAACAUUUGAAGAUUUGGACAACUGGAAAAGCUGAUAAAGCAACACUUUUACUGGAUGGAAAAUGAAGUAAAAUUUCAUGCAAAAGAUUAU